AUGGAGGGAUCGACCGGUGUACUAAACGAUAGUGACGCUGGCGACCAGCAUGAGAGCACCGCUGUUCCCAAAGAGAGACAACUGGCGGAAUCUCUUGCUACAGUUCUUCAACAGCACAAAAAGACACAGGCUGAAACACACGUGUACCUGGAAGAAACUGUCGCCGGGCCUCUAUCUCUCGCCUUCGCCGCCGUGGUGAAGACACAGCCGCUUGGUCAUUUACGGCUUCAACUGGAAGCUGCAGAGAAGGAGCGCGGUGAAAAGGCAGCGAGAUUCGAUUCCCAAGGACUCACUCGUGAAGACCGUAAAUUCCUCGACGCUCUUGAGUUGGUUGACUGGAUGGGCGAAGAAGAAUUUCAAAAUAUUCUUGACUACGUCCGGGAGGCCCUGGGAGUCUGCGCGUGCUAUGUGGCAAGCCUUCAUCAUGAUAAAGAUCGACAGAGUCCCGUCCUGCAUUAUGUCUACGCUGACAAAAGAAGCAGAUUCCUGGUCGACUGCUUGCUUGAGGAGGAUGAAGGCGUCCUUUGGGAUGCUCUAGCAGAGCCAGAGGAGGAAUCCGAAGGGCAGAAGGAUGAUCAAUCGACCGAAGACGGCGAGGAAGAAGAAAAUGCGGGAUCUGCUGAAGCAUCGGCGGCAGACGUGGAGGGGCGUCAUACGGAGCCGUCUGAGAAUUCUGCCAGCCGACGGACCGUGAAAACUCUCUUUGUUCCGGACACGAUGGGAGAGGAGAAACUGAAAUUCUGGGGCAUGACCCGGCCUGGCAGUUUCGCAGCCGUGCCGAUAAUUCUCGACGACCCUGCGUGUCAGGAGAGUGUCGACGUGAUGAAAGAGUACUUGCUAGAAGUGAGGGAGCGCGACAGACUCAUAAACGAACGCCUCGCAGCAAAAGAACGGGCAAGACUAGAAAAAGAGAAAUCCAUUCAAGAAGCAUCUGCCGCUGACUCACGUGGAAAGAAAUGUUCGACGGCAGCAUCGCAGCAUGACACCGACGAAGACGAGGACGAAGAAGAAGGGGAAAACGAAGAAGGAGAGGAAGAUGAACUGCCAGCUCCAGUGUCUGAACCCGAGCUCGUUAAAAAACAGUUGAAAAUGAUUUUGUGCGUCGAUACUCUGGGAAUGCAAGACGCCCUCUCUCCUGAACAGCUGAAGCGACUGGCCCAUUUUGCCGCUGUUGUGAAGGAGCAGUGCAUCCGCACACGAGCGGCUGCCGUCCGUAAACAGGCCGACGUUGCUGUAAAUGAAGUUAAAUUGAAGGAGCGCAGCAACCAGGUUGCAACGGCCCUAGAGGAAGAAGAAAACGACGUCGAAAAUGCAGUAGAGUUAGAGAAAAGACGCGUUUCUGAGGAACUUGCCGCAAAGCUUCACAGGGAGCAGGAGGACAGAGAAGCCCGAAGAGAGGCACGUCUUAAAAAAAGAGCAGAAGAGAAGAGAGUUCAUGAUGAUGCAAGGCAGAAACAGAGAGCCGAGCAACAGAGAAUUAGAGAAGAAAAACUGCUGAGGCGAAGGGAACAAGAAGAGCACCACCAGAUUGUUGCCGACAAGCAACGGGAACGACAAGCAGGCGCUGCUCGUUUGGACGAUGAGGCAGGGAUCCGCGCAGAUGCAAGCGUGAGGGAUGAGAGAAAGACUUUGAAAGGCAAUGAAUAUGAACAUGACGAAAGAGAACACGCAGCAGAUGCCCCGUUAGGUGCCCUUGGUGAUGAGGACGAGCUCGAUGUUGAUAAUGGAAUCGAUGAAGAGGAUGAAGACGAAGACAAUGAUCGGACAGGUGGAGAUACUGGAGAAUAUGCGGUCGAUGAAGAAGAAGUAAAUGAGCCGCUGGAUGCUUCUGUUUUCCUGGAGGAAGCUGAGGCCAAAGUGAAGUUCCAGGCAGCUACUCGCACACUUGUCUCCAAGAUGGGAGAUGUUCUGCUUGAACUGCAGCAGAUGUUCAUCCAAACUAUUCCGUCGGCCGUUCCAAUAACUGCGGCUUGCCUCCUCCUCCUUGGAGACUCAGUCGCUUCACUGCGCGUCAACUCCAAGUUGCCAGAUAGCGGCUUUGACUGGCAAAAGAUCCGCAGCAGGAUUGUACCAUCCCUGCUCCUCCGCAUCGGCACCUUCGACCCUACAGCCUCAAGGCACACACGUCCGUCGCAGGCGCCUGUGGCCCCUCAAGAAAUUGCGCUACUGCAACAGAUUGAGCGGAUGAUGGAGGAGGCUAGCGACGGGGACGAAAGGGCACCCGAUCUAUCGUCCCCUCUGUUUCUUCUGGAAAGGUGGCUGGCGCUUGCAGUUGACUAUCGCCGGAAACACCUCAUUGCAACAGCGAUGACUUUGUAUCGGGACGCCAAGAUUAACAAGCACACGCUCCCGAAGCUCGAGGAUGCCGACCCAGAUUUCACGGGGAUUCCCCUGGAUCGUGUAUUGGCCGUUUGGGAGGAAGAAUGA